GAGCUGACUCUGCGUCGGUCGACCCCUUGGUGCUGGAGCAGUAUGUCGUGGUGGCGGACUACCAGAAGCAGGAGAGCUCCGAGAUCAGCUUGUGCGUGGGCCAGUUGGUGGAUAUCAUUGAGAAGAAUGAAUCAGGCUGGUGGUUUGUGAGCACGUCGGAGGAACAAGGCUGGGUGCCGGCGACCUGCCUGGAGGCCCAGGAUGGUGUCCAGGAUGAAUUCUCCAUGCAGCCCGAUGAAGAGGAGAAGUACACCGUUAUUUACCCGUAUACCGCAAGAGACCAGGAUGAGAUGAACUUGGACAAAGGGACUGUAGUGGAGGUGAUCCAGAAGAACCUGGAGGGCUGGUGGAAAAUCAGGUACCAGGGCCAAGAAGGCUGGGCCCCCGCGUCCUACCUCAAAAAGGGGAAUGGAGAGAUGUUCUCGCAGAAGCUGGGGUCAGGCUCCUCUGCUCAUUCAUGUGCCUUGGAUCUGGAUGGCAUCUCCCGGCAGCAGGUCGUGGCAAGCCGAGAGAAAGAUGGGCUUGCAGGCCAAAGGGAUGGGAGAUUCGACAGCCGUCCCCUGCCCAAUGCUGACAUCCGACGCAAAUCACCAAAGAUGAGGCAGAGACCCCCUCCUCGCCGAGAUCUCACCAUACCACGUGGUUUGAACCUGCCUAAACCUCCUGUCCCUCCUCAAGUGGAAGAGGAAUAUUACACCAUCGCUGACUUCCAGACCACCAUCCCUGAUGGCAUCAGCUUCCAGGCAGGAAUGAAAGUAGAGGUUAUUGAGAAGAACCUGAGCGGCUGGUGGUACAUUCAGAUUGAGGAGAAGGAAGGCUGGGCCCCCGCCACGUUCAUCGAUAAGUACAAGAAAACCAGCAACGCGUCCAGACCGAAUUUCCUGGCUCCGCUACCUAACGAGAUGGCUCAGCUCCGGCUCGGCGACACCGCGGCUGACAGCAGCACCGCCGAGGAAGUGACGGGGCCGUGCCGUCCUCUGCCAGAGGCUCCUCCUAACGGUACGGACUGUGGUGGGAAGUGGGCCAAAGACUGGAAGGGGAAGGAGGCUCCCGAGAGUGGGGACCUAGCCUUUGCCAGUGGUUACGAAGAGAUCUUGGACCGUGACACAGAGGAGAAGCCCAGCCUACCGCCCAGGAAGGAGUCCAUCAUUAAAUCAGAAGGCGAGUUACUGGAGAGGCAGAGGCCUCCCCCCAAGCCUCCGGGCAUGAUUUUGCCCAUGAUCCCACCCAAGCAGUCGGCAGCCCCGAAGGACAGCAAGAAACCUGAGCUGAAACCAGAGAAGAGCAAACUCUUCCAGCUGAAAAAUGAAAUGGGACUGGAAUGUGGACACAAGGUGUCAGCCAAGGAGGUGAAGAAGCCAAACCUCCGGCCCAUUGUCAAGCCAACCAAGCCAAAAGCUGAGCCUGUGGAGGACAAGCCUGAGCCCAUCGCCCAGAAUCCGUUCUUGAAGUCAAGACCUCAGAUCAGGCCAAAACCUGCUGCAGCCCCCCGGACUGACCCACCUCCAGCUGAUGAUAAUCUGGACAUUUGCAGCCUGCGGAGCAAGCUUAGACCUGCAAAGUGCCCAGAGAAACCCUGUGAGCAGGACACCGCUGCCGGUGAAAGCUCCUUCAGUAACGCCUCUUCAGAGGCUUCUGGAAGGUUUCAGGAGCGACCAAGCGUGGAGAGCAAACCCCUGCCCAAGCUGGACAGCCACACCACAAAAGAGGCGCUGCCCAAAUCUCCCCUGGGCCCAGCCCCCCCAGGUACCGGGGACCCCCCGCCGCAGCGCCCUGUUGGGCCACCCCGCAGACCACCCCCCCCCAAGAAAACGGGGGGUCCUGCGUCCGGCCCCACGGCAGAGCUCAGGGCCCCAGCACGGGAAGCACCCGAAAUCAGGUCAUCCCCAGUACCGGGGAGGCCCAUGCUGGUUCCUCCAAAAGCCAAGCCAUUCCUCUCUGCCUCUGUCCAAGACGAAGCCAAAGUGAAAAGCAGCGUAAGCCCAAAGGUCAUAUCUAAGCCAGUGGAGAGAGGGGAAGCAAAGGAGAGGACCUCGGCCCCUAUCUCCAGUCUGGACAUUGCCAGGGAAGCUCUCUAUGUGGCAGUGGCAGAUUUUGAAGGCGAUGAGGAGACCAACAGCUUUAAAGAAGGGACUUUGUUUGAAGUUCGUGAGAAGAACAGCAGUGGUUGGUGGUUUUGCAAGGUCCUGACUGGGGGUCCGUGCUGGGAGGGCUGGAUCCCUUCCAAUUACCUACGGAAGAAGCCAUAG